ACCCAUGUUUUAACUUGAAACAAAUGCAGUUAAUGUAGGAGCUAUUGUGAUAAAUGGCUUGACAUGAAUGAGUGCUUGCCUCACUACGUUCUUGUUGUUUUACUCUAGACAAAGAAGUGAAUUAUUUUGAAAGUUAAAGCAUGGACUUCAGAAUCGCAUCAGUGAUCCUACUUCUACACAUUUCAGGCUCUCUAACAUUGAACCGCAUCUCUGUGAUCUGUAAGAAUAUUUGUGCUCUGAGGGAAACCAAUGUGCAGUUGAAGUGUUCUUAUGACAACAUCCACACCAAACCUGCGUUCUGGUUCAGCGAGAAACAAAGUACAAACUGGAGAAAAAACAAUGAACCUGAAGAUUUGACUUUAGACUCAGACUACUCAGGACGGGUGAAACAUCAGAUCUCAAGCAGCCAUUCAACACUCACAAUAUCAGACGUGAGAGAAAGAGACUCUGGAGAACAUCAGCUCAUGUUCAUCAUGGAGGAUGGAGUUAAACAUCUCAGCUCAGCGGCCGUCAGUCUAACAGUCACAGACCUGCAGGUGAGGAUGAAUCCUGCAUCAGACCCAAGAGAUGAGACAGUAGAACUGAUCUGUGAGACUUCCUGUGAUUUGACGUCCAGACCUCAGAAUUACUACUGGAAAAAAAAUGGACAAUAUGUAAAAGAUCUUAGUCAUUCCAGGAGCAUUGAAGUUUCACUCGAAGCUGCUGCCAGUUACUCCUGUUUUCUUACUCCAGAUCUUAUGAACUCCUCCUCUCCUGUGUGCAUUUCUAAGAGUGGCUGCUGGGAUGUGACUUACACCUCUAGAAGAGUCUGUGCUUCGGUGGGCUCAACAGUAGACAUUUCCUGCACAUACUCACAUCCCUCUGGUUAUACUCUAUAUAAAACAUUCUGGCAUUACGUUCGGCCUGGUGACUUUAAGGAUCUGCGUGAGGAGCAUCAGUUUGCUGGUCGUGUGGAGUAUGUGGGGAACAAACUGAGAAUCAAAGAGCUCAAGAUCAGCGACUCUGGAGAAUAUCUAUUCAGGUUCAUCACUGACUUAGAUCAAUACUCUGAAUCACCUGGAGUCAUUCUUACUGUUACAGAUACUCAGGUGAAAAGCAGCCCAUCUGUUGUAUCAGAGCGACAGGAAGUGAUAUUAAGCUGUUCAACUAAAUGCACUCUGAACGACAAACAUACUUACAUCUGGUACAAGAACAGACGACAGGUAACGGAUGGAUUCACUAAAGCUAACAAGCUGUACCUGGACUCAGUCAGCAAUGAAGAUCUUCACCAGUAUUCCUGUGCUGUAGAAGAUCCAGUGGACAGCACAGCGUUCAGCCAUUAUACAGUCACUCUGCUGGUGUUUUUACUUCAGUUUCUCAUAAUAGCGGCUCCGUGGAUGUGGUAUUUCAUCAGAAUCUCAUUUCAAAACCAAACAGAAAACAAAAAUGAAGAGAUUCUGAUGUUCCAGAUGUCUUCAUCUACAUCUGCUGUCUGUCCAUCAGAGCCACUGGAGUGAUGUCAUUGUGUUCUUCCAUUGUGACAUCAUCACCUAGCAACAGUCAGAACUGUCAGCAGCAACAUCUGUGAUACUGUGAUGUCAUAGACAGUGACAUAUGACUGUCAGUCUGCAUAAUCAAACAAUGUAAAAAAAAACCUUUUCUCUAAAUAUCCUUUAAUAUCCUUUAAUAAAGUGGUGCCACUUUUGUG